AUGAAACACAUUUUGUAUAUCUUCUUAAGCUUAUUACUAGUUAGUGACGCAUCAUACGAAAUAGAUGAAUAUAUUAAGCUCCUUCCGUCCACUCAUACUUAUACUUCGUCAGCCUCGGAUAGCUUUGGAGCAUACGCCUUCAAAACCAAAAGUGACAAUCUAUAUCCUCUAAGUAGCGUUAUACAAAAUGACAAACUAUUGACCCGCAAUUUUGUCAUUAGUACAAAAUUUAAAGUCAGCGACAUGAGCAAGAAAUGGUCGUUAUUUGCCAUAAAAAAUAAGGAAAACGAACCACUUCUACGAAUUGAUUUUGAACACGUGGGAAUUGAUUUGACUAGGAUUAAUUUACAAAGGUCCUUUUUCGAUAAGUCAAAACUUACAUUUCACGAGAAUAACAUUACUAUCCAGUUAAAUUUUACAAAUAAAUGGACUAAAUUAGUUAUUGGUGUAACAGAAUAUGAUGUAGUUUUUGAAGUCAACUGUGACCAACAAUACAGCGCUGCAAAUAAUGAAGAUGAAAUCUUGUCUGAUGAUCCCAUUAAACUGACAGGUGAUAUGAAUUUAAUGCUGGCUACAUCUAUCUUUGAUUUUGAGGUCGAUAUAGAAGAAUUAUUUUUAUAUCCCUCGGCAAGUGACCAGACAUUCCAAACGAUUUGCAAUCAUGGUAGAAGUUUAUCGGACAUAACGGAUGAAGACUAUGAGGACUAUCAAACUGUUCCUGAAGCAGAAAACUUACAAUUAGGCGAUGAUCUCAUCACGCGUGGAGAUAAUAGCGAUCCACCAGAUAAGGAAAUUAUAACAAGUGAUCCUGAUUUAAUGGGACCAAAAGGGCAAAAAGGAGAACCAGGGGAAAGAGGACCAAGAGGAGAUAUAGGCAUGAGAGGAUCAAAAGGUGAUCAGGGUACUAAGGGUGAACAAGGUCUUAAAGGAGAUACAGGACAAGAUGGAAAGCCAGGUGAACCGGGAGGAAGAGGUGAAAAGGGCAACCAAGGGGCUCCAGCAUCUUUAUCUUCGAUCGUAGACAUGCCUGAAAAUGAAAUAAAACUAGUUGUAGAAAAACUUCGAGAUCUCAAAGGUGAAAAGGGUGAAAUAGGUAAAAAGGGCAUUAAAGGUGAUGUAGGACCUCGAGGUGAUUAUGGACCCCCCGGACAUGAUGGCAUUGAUGGUGAACCAGGGAGAAACGGUGAUCAUGGACUUAAAGGAGAACCUGGCCCCAGUGGGGACAAAGGUCAUAGAGGAGAUAAGGGUGAACCUGGUAUACCAGGAGUUUCACCACCCGCAAUUAAGGGGCAACAAGGUGAUACUGGUCGAACUGGUUCACGAGGAGAACGUGGUGAUAAAGGCGAUAAAGGCGAAAAGGGUGAUAUAGGCCCAGCUGGUCUUAAUGGAGAUCAAGGUGAUCCUGGUCCUCAAGGUAUAAUGGGACCUACAGGACUACCUGGAUAUAAUGGAACAGAUGGAGAAAAAGGGCAAAAAGGUGAAAACGCUCCAUUUAUAGACGUUAAAAAGCUCAAAGGUGAUAAAGGGGACAUAGGUUUUCCGGGUGAAAUCGGGCAACAUGGAGAUGCAGGUCCAAAAGGUGAACGUGGUUUGAUUGGUCCACAAGGAGACAAAGGAUUACCUGGACCCGAAGGACCUCAAGGAGCAAAAGGUGCAAAGGGAGAUACGGGGUCACCUGGUCAAACAGUGUUGGGACCAAAGGGAGAAAAAGGAAAUUCUUUUUUUAAAGAUUUUGUAAAUGCUUAUGAAAAAGAUGAUCCCUUGCUACCCACUGUAAAACGUCUUUUAAAGGGUGACAUGGGACUGAAAGGCAAAGAAGGACUAAAAGGCUUAAAAGGUGACAAAGGACAAAAAGGCGUUGCUGGUCUAACUGGUCCUAUCGGGCCAAAGGGCGAAGAAGGUCGAGCAGGAAAAGAUGGUGAACCAGGAAUCCCUGGUGUGGCAGGACCUAUGGGACCGCCUGGAUCACCAGGUUUUACGCCAACAGAAGAUGAUAUAAAGCUAAGAGCAAUGCCUGGUGAGAAAGGACCAAUAGGUCCUCCUGGCACUCCAGGACAGAAGGGAGAAAGAGGGGAAAAGGGGUCACCAGGAGAUUAUGGUAUGAAAGGCAACAAAGGCGAGCAGGGUUCCAAAGGUGAAAAGGGCUUUAGAGGUGCCACUGGUCUAAAAGGAGAAGAAGGAAAAGACGGAAUCCCUGGGUCUCCAGGUACCGAUGGAAAAUCUGGUGCACGAGGCGAGAAAGGUGACAAGGGCAGUCCGGGUGUUGCUGGUCUUCCGGCAUCUUUAUCCUCCAUCAUAGAUAUGCCACCUGAUGAAACAAAACUAGUUGUGGAAAAAUUACGAGAUCUCAAAGGUGAAAAGGGUGAUUUAGGCGAAAAGGGUAUAAAAGGCGAACAAGGUUUAAUGGGCCCAGAAGGAUAUUCUGGACGAAAUGGUACAGAUGGUCGACCAGGACAAAUGGGGGACCAGGGACCAAAAGGAGAAAUUGGCCCUAUUGGACCACCGGGUCUUAAAGGAGAGAAAGGCGAGCGUGGACCUCCGGGAUUAGUGCAACCUGCAGGGAUAGGCCCACAGGGAAACAAAGGUCAUCCUGGUUCAAUUGGACCAGCAGGUCCCAAAGGCGAGAAAGGAGAUAGAGGAGACAUCGGGCCAGUCGGCCCAAAGGGUGACCGAGGCGAAUCUGGCCCGCCUGGGAUAACGGGACCCAUAGGACCAUCUGGAUUGAAAGGUUCUACAGGAAAAAAGGGAGAAAAAGGUGAAAAUGCACAACAUUUUGACUUACAAAAGCUAAAAGGCGAUAAAGGAGAUACAGGAAAACCAGGUGCAAGUGGAAGACCAGGACAAAAAGGUCAAAAAGGCUAUCCAGGUAGAAUAGGUCGUCAAGGAAGCGAAGGACCACCGGGCCCUAGAGGCCCUGAAGGGACGCCGGGAGUGAAAGGGGAGACAGGACCACCUGGUUUGUCAGUAGAAGGACAAAAAGGAGACAAGGGAGAUUCUUAUUUCAAAGAUUUUGGAGAUUUUACUUUGAAUUUGUAUGAUGAAGACGCGUUUUUACCUGUUAACACUUUCAUCUAUACUACAUUAAAAGGACUAAUGAAGAAAAAUCAUCAACUAUCAGUUGGGACUUUAGCAUAUGUUCUUCGAGAGAGCUUAUUACUGAUUAAAGUGGACCUCAGCGGACAAUGGAAUAGAGUUGAGAUGCACCCGUGGAGUGAUUCUUCUACUAGCCCGACUACUACUUCUUUGGGACCUCCUCCAAACAAUCGGGCAAAUGUGGUGACAACGCCUACAAGCAAACCUCGGCCUUACCGACCACCAACUCGGAAACUACCAGAGGUUCAUAAAAUUAUCCCUCCAAUAAAAGGCCACAGCAUCCUAUUAGUAGCUCUGGAUGAGCCUUACACUGGAAAAGUUCAGAACAGAUUGGAAGACGCUGACAUUAAGUGCCGUGAUCAAGGUCGAAAAAUGGGAUCAUUUAGAGCUUUCCGAGCUAGCAAUUUAUUAAACCUCAAGAAAUUAGUUGGCCACCAUUAUUGGAAAUUACCGGUUAAAACUAUUAACGCGAAUUUCGAACAGUUCCUACUCUUUGACUCUUGGGAAAGCAUGUUUGAUGGAUACGGUGCAGUUUUCAAUAGUACUAGUCAAAAUAUAUACGAUUUCAAAGGAAGAAAUGUCUUCACAGAGGACUUUAUAUGGCCCGAAAAGAAGAUAUGGCACGGCGGCACUUCAACUGGAGAUCUUUCUGGUUAUAACUGUAACGAUUGGAGUACCGAAUCUUCGUCGGUAUACGGAACAGGCUCUUCAUUAAGUGACAAUAAGCUUUUAGGCCACGAAUACUUUAGCUGCAACAGAAAAUUAAUAGUCUUAUGUGUUAGUUACCCCAAUAGUAUAUCCGACAGAAGCCGCCCUAAUAGUAUUACAGAAACAAAGAGGCGACAUGCUCGGAGCCAAUUAAAUAGAUCGUACGGAUAG